CAGCACGCUCACUACGCCACCCACCGCGGGUCCUGUUGAACACCAACACAGCUGCAGGCCGCGCCGCUUCUCUCUCCCACCACAGCUGCUGCCGACUGGCUCCACGCGCGCCGUAGCAGCGCCACGCGGCCUCCAGUCUGCCGCCUCCGCCGCAAGCUGUGAGUGCUUCGUGCGAGCACCGAGGCGGCGUCGGGAGAGCCUGAGCACGUGCUGACAGUAGUCGCGUCCCCGCCGAAGUGUGUGGGCUCCAGGCACGCCGCCUCCGUCAGUGACCCGCCGCUAUUCGAACCUCUGCCACGUAAACCAUCGCCAGGUGAACUUAGGCCAUGGCGGCCUCCGAGCACCAGCCUCAGGCCGACCCUCCCGUGCAGGACGAGGAGGCUGCCACCCCGCAGGACCCCCUCAUAUCAAGCCAGCAGACGGUCGUGUGGUCACCAUCUGACGGACGCACUAUCACCACUACCACUACCGCCUCCCCUGCCGCCGCCGCCGCUGCUGCUACCACCACCACCACCGCCACCGCCACCUCCUCCUCUUCGCCGCCGCCUGUAGUCGUCGCCAGCGCCUCCUCCACCACCACCACCAUGUCCUGCAAUCCUAAGACGAUAAAGGAUGCAAUUAACGCCAACCUCCUUCCCAUCCUGACUGUCUCUGGUGUGACUGGGGGCAUAGUUCUCGGCCUGAUCCUACGGUACUCCCGGGAUGAGCCAUGGACGAAGCGAGAGGUCAUGUAUGUGGGUUACAUUGGUGAGCUCUUCCUCCGAGCCCUCAAGGCCCUCAUUAUCCCCCUCAUAGUCUCCUCCCUGGUUUCAGCUAUCGGAUCUCUGGACUUGUCGCUCUCAAAGAAGAUUGGUCUGCGCGCUGUCUGCUAUUAUCUCACGACGACGGUGUUGGCUGUAGUGUUGGGCAUCAUCCUGGUGGUGAGCAUCCACCCAGGCAAGGGUUCGGACGAGGGCAUCACCAAGGCUGGAGAGGCAAGAAGCGUCUACACUCCCGACCUGCUCAUGGAUCUGCCUAGAAACUUUUUCCCUCCGAACUUGAUCCAGGCUUGCUUCGAGACGCACAAGACGGUGAUCGUUGAGCCAAAACCGGAAGACUUCGUGAAUGAUACACGAAUUGAGGAGUGGAUCAGAAAAUAUAACUGGACGAACGGUACAUUGCCCCCAAAGUCUGAAUGGGACAUCAAGCACGAGCACGCCCGGGCAAUGAACAUCAUGGGCCUGGUGAGCUUCGCAACCUUCCUCGGCCUGGCGCUCUCCACACUGGACGCCAAAGGGAAGCCGCUACUCGAUUUCUUCCAGUCUCUCUCCGACGCUUCCAUGGUCAUCACCUCCUGGCUUAUCUGGAUUUCUCCCAUUGGUAUCCUCUUCCUGGUGGCUUCCAUGAUGAUCGAGAUGGAGGACUUCAGCGUCAUGUUGGGUCAGCUUGGCAUGUACUUCGGCACUGUGGUUCUCGGCAUCUUCAUCCACGGCUUCAUCGUCCUACCCACUCUGUACACUGUCUUCACACGCAAGCUUCCCUUCCGCUUCCUGGCCAACAUGAGUCAGGCCUACAUCACCGCCUUCGCCACCGCCUCCAGCUCAGGAACCCUGCCAGUGACCUUCCAGUGCCUUGAGGAGAAGAACAAGAUUGACAUGCGUGUGACCCGUUUCGUCAUCCCUAUCGGCGCCACCAUCAACAUGGACGGCACAGCUCUCUACGAAGCCGUGGCCGCCAUCUUCAUCGCUCAGGUCCGAGGUCUGGCGCUCUCCAUCGGCCAGGUUGUUGCUAUCAGCAUCACGGCCACAGCAGCAGCUAUAGGGGCGGCCGGCAUCCCUCAGGCCGGUCUGGUAACGAUGGUGAUGGUGCUGGACGUGGUGGGACUCCCUGCUGAGGACAUGACUCUUAUCAUUGCUGUGGAUUGGUUGCUGGAUCGAUUCCGUACCAUGAUCAACGUUCUGGGAGACAGCAUUGGCGCCGGCCUUGUCUAUGAACUCAGCAAGAAGGAGCUGGAGAAACUGAACAUCAAUGCAAACGGUGACGUGGAGCGGCCUUCCAACGAGAUCGGUAUGGAUGCUGUGGAGUCGAACAAGAUGUGAGAGGAAAAAGGGGCUAGAGAGGCUCAGCUUAAUGUACAGUUCACGAAGACUCCCGACACCGCCGCCUCUGCUGGGGACUCGACCCAACAACGCUGGAGGGAGUCGUCCUCUUCCCAGCAUGAAACUCUCUUGUAGGAUCUGCUAGUGCGAUCCAACUCCUCCCGGUGCGGCGGUUAUUAUUAUAUGUAGCAUCCCGCGGUGUGUGUGUAUGUCUGUAUGCUUCUGUGUGUGUGUGUGUGUGUGUGUGUGUGUGUGUGUGCGCGCGUUUGUGUGUGCAUGUGUAUGUGUGUGAGUUCUCUGUGGUGUUCCCAGUAGAUUUUAUAAGUAAAGUAUGUACCACGCACGUUGUCGGGCAAACAGACAAACAAAAAACACAAAGGAGUAGGUGAUUUUGUAACUCUGUCUUUUACCUUCCUCUUUCUAUUUGCCUUCAUCUCUGUUUGAACACACAAUGAAAUUUAGAAGUACAGCUGGUGACGGGUGAAUGUCCAGCCAGCAUUUGCCUAUACCCAAAGAACCAGUAGUGUUGCUGCCAGUCUUCCUCACCAUACUGUCCAGGGAAGGGGAGAAGAGCCAGGAAGAGUCAAGGUACAGCCAGGUAGAGCAGCGGGUCUUGCCAAUAAAGCAUGAUUGUAGAGUCAAAUAGAAAUCAGGGUUUUAUUCUCUCUCUCUCUCUCUCUCUCUCUCUCUCUCUCUCUCUCUCUCUCUCUCUCUCUCUCUCUCUUUCGCUCUUUUCCUAUUAAUUGUUUUUUAGUAAUAAUGUUUUUUAAUGUACUGUUUAUUUACUGUUUUAUGUCCUUCCUGACUUACUUUCUUGCCAACACAGUCCAGUAGAAGUGAGGGUUUUCAUUUCCGUUCUCUUUCUCUUCCUUCUUGUUUUUCUUUUGUUUUGUUUUUUCCAUCGUGUAUUUUUGGUACUGUUCUGUGACCUUUCUGACUUUCAUUCAUGCGUCAUCAGUCAGUAUUUUAUGUUGGUAGUUACUAUAGUCAUCUGGUACCUGGAUUUCUUUCUCUUUAUUAUUUGUAUUUUGGCAUUUUACUGUAUUAUUGUAAUGUUGUAAGUCAAAUGUUUUUUUAGUCAUCCCUGUGGCAAAGAACCAAAUGUAAAAUACAGUUCAACUUUAAACUUUUUAUUGUGUAUGUAUUUUCUAUUUUUAGCAUCACAUAUAUUCAGGAACUCGCAUAGAUCAUCACAGUUCUCACAAAAGACAUCAGUAUCAGUGCAUUUCACCUCAACUCAGCUAAACAUCCUUCCCAGACACAUUAAGCGUGCAUUCACAUGGGCAGCCUCACCGCACGCUGGAAACACGUUGGUAGCAUGCUGGUAAUGACUUGGCUUGGCCCAGACGUCCUUGCAAGUCUCCUCUCCUAGUGGUCAGGUGGAAUCAGGUCAAACCAAACACAGCCAUCAAGAUAACCUGUAUGUGUGUGCAAGGCAACCAGAGUGGGAACCCAACUGGGGCCAUAGUUGUAGGUAGCUGUUAAAUUGUAAUUGUUUGAGACUUCCAUAUUGCCUAAGUGUUAAGUAAGAGAAUAUAAAUCUUUAUAGGGGGGAUCACCGAGUCCUCGUAGUUAGAUAACUGCUGGUCAAGAAUGAGAGAGAGAGAGAGAGAGAGAGAGAGAGAGAGAGAGACGAGGCAGUUUUGAAAUUGUUGUGUUUUUGUUAAGACGUUGUAUAUUAAUAGUCUAUCAGUGCUGUAGUUAAUCUGUAGUCCGAGAAAGAUGAUUUAAGUAGCUGUCCUAAAUUUGUAUUAUGUAGGAAACCACAUUGAUAUUUUUUUGCCACUUGUUCUCGUCACAAGAGAGGAGAAUAACCUUCAUUCUACCUUCACAGCAUAUCAAAGUAUUCAUUAAGGAAGAAGAGGAAGAAGCCCACUUUCAUGUACAUAUUGAAGUAUAUUUAAACUAACUGUAAAUCAGAUUGUAGUGUUUCUUAGAUACAAAAAAAAAGUGACUAUUUGGUAAUGUAUAGGAACUGUUUUGUAUUGUUGUCACGUGGGAAAGUCUACAGAAACGCAUAUAUUCGUUUGUGUCGUGUCGGUGUAGUGUGUGUAGCGACCACCCUCACUGUUCCUCUAUGACAACAAUGAGAUUCAACAAGGGAUUACAAUGAAUGCGGAGGACAAGUCACAAUCACGCACAGCAAGCUCACCUACAAGUGUGUGUAGUUGAGGCAGAACCAUUAGUUUUAAGAGCACAGACUUCAGGUUGUUCAGUUUCGAGAUCACAGGUUAUUUUCAUUGAGGAGUUUCAAUAGCACAGUUGGUAGUCGAGGGCUUGAAUUCUCCCUUAGCUAGUGGUAGUUCAUGGUAUUGUUUUUGAGAUUGCAAGCGUCUAGGAUUUUUUUUUUUUUUUUUUUCUAUUUUCGUUGUCACCAUUCAUCGUUGGUUAGUGGGUGUUCGUGGUCUAAAGAUAGCCAAUGUCUGAAAUAGAUCGCAUAGGUACCUCAAAAUUUGGGUCCGUGGUUCUUUUAAGUCACCAUAUAUCUUUGUCUUCAAAAAUACACCUUGCAUAUAUCAAAAUUUGGGCUCACUAUUCAGGUAAAUAAGUCACCUCAUGUCUUUACAUUCAGACGGGUAGCAACUUUUUAACCUGUGCACCUUCUACCACAGUUACGUCAACCCUCCCAUCAACACACAUACUACACAACACAACAUGAAGAAGGACCGACCAGUGAGUGCCAACCAUGAGCCCCACGCCACUGUCACCACCACGGGCAGGAGGUGUCAGGCCCACGCAGGGAAAAUAAAAAAGUUGAGGCAAAUUUGUAAAUUUAGCGAGUAAGGAGUUUUGUUGAGAUUAGCGCUGUGUAGUCCGUUCUUGUUGUCCCAUUUGUGAGGUCCUCGAUUUCAUUUCACCUUUUCAUCCUUGUAUAGUGAGGCGUUAGCUUGUCUGAUGCCUGUCUUAGCACACUACACUAUCAGAUUAAUGUGUUCGUAAGGCUCUUCGUGUGGAAAUGCUAUAUGUGUAAUUAAAAGCAUAAGUACCGUGUAUAGCUGACUGACUUCCCAAACAGUACAGGAUUGGUCUUAGUAUCGAGUAUCGUUUGUCUUUGUAUUACUGUUCUUUGUUCUAUUGUGUAUUGUGAAGGAUCAAGCAAUUCCUAGCCCGAUUAAGGACGUUCUGUUGUGCGGGCAUAAGCAUAAUAUUACUAGUGCAUAAACGCUGCAUGAGAGGCGGGUUGCUUGCUACCUCACAACCCUGGAAACACAUGAUGGCCAGUGAAAUAAAAAACAAAAAACAGUAAAAUAAAAAGUGUGAUUGAGGAAAGGACCAAAAAACAGUCUGAAGUAAGAAAAGGGGUAAAUGUUUAUUAUUUCAUUUAAAGUUAUUAAUGCUAUCCUUUUUUAUUAUUACUUUUUUGUUUCCUUUUUUUUUACAUUGCGAUAUUUUUUUCUUCCUUCCUUUGAUGCGUGUGUGAUUCCUUGAGGUGCGAAUGCUGACUCCCAUCAUAGACUUAAGUUUCGACUCUUCAUAUCAUACCCGUUCCCUCCUUUUCCUUUACGUGAGAGAAAAAAAAAUCUUUAUAGUGAUAAUGUUUUUAUUUCUAUAGAACCUAGUUGAAGUAAAUGUUAAGAUCGUGCUUGUGGACAAAACUGCAAUAAAUUAAUAAACUUGA